GGGUGGGAGGUUGAGGGGGGAGGGUGGACGGCGAGAAACUAUAUUUCCCAGCAUGCAUCACCCCGUGGGCGGUGGGAGCGCCAGGACUCAGCCGCUCAGCAAAGCAUGAUGGGAAUCGAAGUUCUUUUCCUUUCCUGUCCCUGGAAGCGGCGGGGAGCGUCCGCGGAGCUCCCGGCAGAGCCAAUCAGAGAGCGCCGCCAGGCGGAGGGCGGGAAAAGAAGAACUACCUUCGAGCGGCCAUGGACCGGCCAGUGGCCGCUGGGUCCUUGUGGGCCCUGUGGCUGUUGCGGACGGCGCUGGCCACCGUAUACUUCCAGGAAGAAUUCCUCGAUGGAGAAAGUUGGAGGAAUAGAUGGAUACCUUCUACUAAUGACUCCAACUUUGGACACUUUAGGCUAUCAUCAGGAAAAUUUUAUGGUGAUAUACAGAAAGAUAAAGGUCUGCAAACCACUGAAAAUGCAAAAUUUUAUGCUAUCUCCUCACGAUUUAAACCAUUUAGCAAUAAAGGACAGACUCUGGUUAUUCAGUAUACAGUAAAACACGAACAGAAGAUGGACUGUGGUGGGGGUUAUAUUAAGAUCUUUCCUUCAGACUUGGAUCAGAAGAACUUAAAUGGGAAGUCACGGUAUUACAUUAUGUUUGGACCUGAUAUUUGUGGAUUUGAUAUCAAGAAAGUUCAUGUUAUUUUAUUUUACAAGAAUCAGUAUUAUUCAAACAGGAAAUCAAUCAGGUGUAAGGUUGAUGGCUUUACACAUUUAUAUACUCUGACAUUAAGACCAGAUCUAACUUAUGAAGUGAAAAUUGAUACUGACAUAAUUGAAUCAGGAAAUAUAGAAGAGGAUUGGAAUUUAGGAGGACUUAGAAAAAUGGAGAAAUCUGCAUUGAAGAUGCCUAAGAAUUGGGAUAAAUUGUCUCAGAACGAUAAAUCUAGUGAUGUUCCAUCUCAGGACUGGGAUAAACACUUUUUGGAUGCCAGUGCCAACAAGCCUAGCGACUGGAAUAGUGAGUUGGAUGGAGAAUGGCAGCCAUCAUUGCUCCAGAAACCUAAAUAUAAAGAUGGAUUGAAAUCAGAGAAUAUGGAUGAUUCAGAUUAUAAAAAUGUUUGGCUUCAUCAGAAGAUAGAAAGCCCAGGAUACUUACAAGAUUUUGAACUCUCAGAAUAUGAGAAUAUUGGUGUUAUUGGACUGGAACUUUGGCAGGUAAGAUCUGGAACCAUCUUUGAUAAUUUUUUGAUCACUGAUGAUGAGAAUUAUGCUGCAGAGUUUGGACUGAAAACCUGGGGAAGGACAAAGGGUCCAGAGAAGGAAAUGGACAUGAUACAAGCUAAGGAAGAAAUUAAAAAAGCAAGAGAGGAAGAAGAACAGUUGAUAAAAGAAAGCAUUAAGGAAAAGUAUUUCCAAACUCAGCCUAUAAAAGAUGAGCUCUAGUUAUCUUGAUUCUUAGUUUUGGAUAACUGAUAAUAUUAGUAUAACUUCUGUUUUAUUCUAUAUUUUAAGACUCAAAUGCUUACAUACUAAUUUGUUCUCUGUCAAAUUUUCUUAGAAAAUGUUCUGAUACUUUUUGGUAUAGUUAUCACUUCCCCCCUAGACAGUUCCUGUGUGUCAAGGUAUUUCCAUAAAUGUUACUUUUCUAGCAGAAUUUAAUGUGCAUCAUACCAAUAGUUGGUUUUGGGGGGAAGGAAGCUUUUUGUUUUAGCUAGAAUUUGGUGAGACCUUAUAAAACAAAAAUGCAUUAAUAUUUCCUUAGGUUGCUAGUAAUAUAUAUGAACUUUUUCAGUAUAAAAUUUGUAACCAACAGCUUUGGCAUCAAAAAUUUUGUAUAUUUACCAUUCAUGUUUUAAUUGUAUUAGAAAGCUCAGUUCUUUGCAGGCAUGCAUUUUCCUUUGCAAUAAAUAUUUUAGAGCUUUUGGUUAUUUGUACAGCAAUAUAUUAAAUGUAAUACGGAGGAUAAAAAUAAUUUAAGUGUGAUAACACCUUCAGAAGUUAUUUUUUAUCUUUUAAUUUUUCUUUAAAACUAAAUGAGACAUUUUUUUUC